AUAUUCUCCUAUGGUAUGCCACUAUGUAAAGCCCUAUAAAUAAAAGCUCUCUAGCUUAGCUAGGGUUUAGGGUUAUUGCUGAUAGGCGCCAGAAGAGAAAGAGAUAAUAAAGGCAUUCUCACAAUCAAUCCUUUUUCUUUUUUCUGAUUCCUCCCCCCUCACUUUUUUUUGGGGGGGGGAUUUUGAUGAGAGUGAGGAGAUCAAACAUAAACCCAAAAUUCCCACACCCAUUUCAGCUCUUCAUCUGAAGAAAGUUAGGGUUUUUUUCCUUUCUUCUUCUAAUUAAGGGGUGAUUAUAUAUGAUGAAGAAAAGACAAGUUGUAGUAAAAAGAUCAGAGGGAUCAUCGAAUAGAAACAGCAGCAGUACUUCAUCUUCAGUGGUGAGAAGUGUGGUGAGAUAUGGGGAGUGCCAGAAGAAUCAUGCGGCCAAUAUUGGAGGAUAUGCUGUGGAUGGUUGCAGAGAAUUCUUGGCCACUGGAGAAGAAGGCUCUAAUGGAGCUCUUACUUGUGCUGCUUGUGGCUGCCACAGGAAUUUCCAUAGAAGAGAAGUUGAAUCUGAAGUGGUUUUUGGCCGUGCUGUAUUGUCCAGAAGAACUAAUUUCUUCAGACUAUUUGUUUGUAUUUUUUAGUUCAAACAAGAUCAAGGAAAUUUGAACCUCCCCUUUUUAAUGCUUCACUUAUUACAUUGAAAACUCUUCAGUGAUAUUGGUUUUGUAAUCUCUCACACCAAUUACCAAAUAUGGGAAAUUGGCUCUCUUUGUUUGUGCAAUGCAUCAAAUUUAGUAGCUUAAGGAGAUCACUGAAUUUUGUUGAUAAUUUUGAUCUUAAACUUUGAUUUUAGCAUCAUCAACUCAUGGUGAAGCAAUGGUUCUUUUCCCGUUAAUAUGAAAUAUGAAGAUGUCCAUCCAUCCAUCAUUCUAAAGCUUAGAGAAAACUUAACAAUUUCAGCUUA